GAAAAAAGUUGAGCGUCAUUAGUUCACAGCCGGGCAAACAUCAGCAAUUGUUUUCAUUGACUUCACGAGAAACAUUUCUAGAUAGCUCGAAAUUAUCUGUUUUCGGCAUUUUCUUGACCGUAAUUGAACUUUGGUUCAGCAGUAUUCUAGCACAAAAUGGCUUCAGGAGGCAGAGUACCAAAUAAUUCAACUUCCUUAUCCUUACAUGAAAGAUUCUCCAAAUUACGAAGCUCAGCAGGGGGUCAGAAAUUGGCUGGAAAACUGCAAGGGGCUAGAAAUAAUGCAGCUAAUCUUCAAAAGGCAUCAAGCAAGAAUAGCAGACUAGCUCAACAGAUGGAAAGACGAAAUGCAUCAGUCAGUGCUGCUUUGAAACUGAAAAAGAAAAGCAUCAAACAACGCCUUGGAGCCACAGUAAACACCAGUACUCGAUUUCGCGGAACGGCCACCCAAACUCAAAGGAGACUCACAACCAAUCGUGGAGCUGGUCGCGGGAGUCAGUCGCGAGGAUCUCUGCGAGGAAGUCGAACGCAAGGGCAAACGGUCACCCCAACAAAGAUAAUUCGAGGCCGGGGCGGACUGAAGCCCAUUGUCAGCCAAACAAUCGUUCGUGGCGGUGGACAAGGAAACAAGAGAAGCACUCGCGGAAGAAUCAUUUCUCCAUCGAAAAAGCCAGCCCCCGUUGCUGCCACAACCAAUCGUUCGCCGACCAAACCUUCGCGUGCUAGAGGCAGCGUGAGAGGAAGACGAGGUGGUCGAGGGCAGAUGACAUCUUCAUUGAUUACCGGGCAAGCUGAAAGUCGUAUCCAGCGUGGAAGAGGAAGAGGACGAGGCCAACGUGGUGGUAAGGGACCCAGUCGUGGAGGAAGCAGCUUGCCGACAUCUCCGCGCGGUCAGACAUCCGGACGUGGUCGAGGGCGUGGUCGAGGUGGCUCUACCAAGGUCAGCAAAGAAGAUUUGGACAAGCAAUUGGAUCAGUACAUGCAAAAGACUCGUAGCGCUCUAGACAAUGAUAUUGAAUCCUACAUGUCUAAAAUUGGGGACGUUGAAAUGAAUUAAAUAUGCAAUAAUCUUUCUCCAGUCGUUACCUCACCUGUGCUGCUCCCCAACUUCAAACGAAAGAACCUUCUUACUAAUAACUCCCCUUCGCCAAGUCUUGAUUGACUAUUAACAAUGUUUUAGUCCUUAAAGUUAAAAGUGAAUCCAAUUCAGAAUUUGUCUUUGAGAAAAUGGUUGGACUGUUGUGAAGAGUCUAGACAGAAAAAAGAGAUUUUGGACAACCUUGUCUUGAUUUCAUUCUAGCACUUGAUUAAAUGGUUCUUGUACUUUCCCCCAGUUUUUGGAGUCCCUUUUUGCCGUGUGUUUCUUGCUUUUCCCUCCUGUUACGGCGCACUUAGCACAUGUAUCUUUUUAUAAUUCAUUCAUAUUUCAUCCGAGGACUUGAGUGUGAAAAGGUGUGCCUGUGAAACGAGAAAGAGAAACUCAUCCCAAAAAAUACAAAUGAUUAACCUCAA